GGGGACCUGAGAGCAGGAGAGGAGGGGACGAGCAGAGGGGCCACCUCCCUCCCUCGCUCGCUCGCUGACUUGCUCCCUCCCAGGCUGCGGCUGCUGCAACGGCGGUGGCGGUGGCGGCAGCAGCGGGAGCAGUCUGGAGGCCGGCGUCGAGGUGAGACGGGGAUGCACUGAGGCUGCGGGUAGGAGUGGAUGGACAGACGGCGGACGCCGAGAGGGCUGCACUGGAAUGCGGGUUCCUGGCGGACUGGCUGACGGUGCUGGGAUUUGCUGCUGUCUCUGCUGCUCCAUCCUUCCCACAGAGGCCCUCUCCCCUCUCUUAUCUCAAGAUGGCAGCCAGCAGCUCUGAGGUCUCUGAGAUGAAGAGGGUAGAGGAGAGUCCCCAGACCCAGGAAGAAGGGCCUGGCCAUUCUGAAGCUGGAACUGGCCCUCCCCAGGUCCCAGCUGGGGUCCCAGUUGAGCCAGAGACCCUGCAGCCAGGCUCAGACAUCACUGGGGACCCUGUGGACUCAGCGCCCAAGGCUGGGCUGGCUCCAGAAACCACACAGACCCCAACCGAGGCCCCAGAAACAGCCCAGGCCAGAGACCUAAGCUCAAGCCCAGGAGGGGAGUCAAAGGCCAACUUCAGUCCUGAAGAAGCAUGCCAAGAGCUAGCAUCCAAACCAGAUGUGAGCAAAGAGGCCACUGCAGAGCAGGGGUCCAACCUGGAGUCUGCAGCCUCACUUGAGCCAGCCUCAGAGCCUGCUCCCCAGCUGGACACCCAAUCAGACCCUCAGCCAGACCCCCAACCAGCUUCCCAGCCCACCCCCAGCCCAGCUGUUCAAUCAGAGCCCCCUUCCCAGGAGGACCCCACCCCUGAGGUCCUGACUGAGAAUGUGGGGGAAAAGCAGGAGAAUGGGGCAGUGAUCCCCCUGCAGGCUGGUGAUGGAGAAGAGGGUCCAGCCCCCCAGCCUCAUUCACCACCCUCAACAAAAACCCCCCCAGCCAAUGGGGCUCCUCCCCGAGUGCUGCAGCAGCUGGUUGAGGAGGACAGACUAGGAAGGGCUCACAGUGGGCAUCCAGGAUCACCCCGAGGUAGCCUGAGCCGCCACCCUAGUUCCCAGCUGGCAGGUUCUGGGGUGGAGGGGGGUGAAGGCACCCAGAAACCUCGGGACUACAUCAUCCUCGCCAUCCUGUCCUGCUUCUGCCCCAUGUGGCCUGUCAACAUCGUGGCCUUCGCUUAUGCCGUCAUGUCCCGGAACAGCCUGCAGCAGGGGGACGUGGAUGGGGCCCAGCGUCUGGGCCGCGUGGCCAAGCUCUUAAGCAUCGUGGCGCUGGUAGGGGGGGUCCUCAUCAUCAUCGCCUCCUGCGUCAUCAACUUAGGCGUGUAUAAGUGAAGGGCUCUGCCCUGCAUUCCAAGACUUUUCUUCCUGUUGGGAGCUGCCUUGGGCCCAUCCUCCCCUGGGAGGAGCCCAAUCCAUGGUCCAGGCCCGCACCCAUAGGGACCAAGGGAGCCUGAGCGGCCUUGUUUACAGCUUCUUUCCUGCUCCUGCAUCCUGCCAGGCUCCUCUGCCAACCGUAGGCCUCUCUUCUUGCACUGUUUCCAACCUCCCUGCACUUCUGCCUGCAUCCCCUCCAGCCUCUUGGCUUCCCUAUCCCUGCACUUCUGGAAACCUCCUUGCACUUCUGGAAACCUCCCUGCACUUCUGGAAACCUCCUGGAACAUCUCCCAAAUUCUCUUUGCUCUCAGCCUCCUUGCAUCUCUCCCGGCCUUCCUGCACUUCUUAUAGCCUCCCGAACUUCCUGCACCUCAACCCUGGUCUCCUCUUCCCAACUUUCAUGGUCUUCGCAUCCUCCUCCAUUCCUUUUUCCCUUCUCUCCUUGUUCAUCUCCCCUUCCCUCACCACACCCUCCUUCCCCUUCCUCUCCCUGCCUCCUCAUCUCCCCUCAGCAUCCUCUCCUCCACCCUCCUCCACCGUUUAUUCUGCAAAAACUCCAGCACUUAGAUCAGGCUGGGGGAGGGGAGUGGUGCCAGGAGAGGGCUCCCUAGCCCGGGGCUCCGACUGUUUUCUGCUGGGACCACCCAGGUCCAGACGUCCCCAGGGCGCCUCGGGGUCGUAGAGCUGGCAGGCCAGGCCUCGUUUGGCUACUUGUGCAGGUGUGCCGAGCGUUGUGCCGAAAACGCACCUGGUAGAAGGGAGGGGCGCGGUUGUUGACCCUCCCCGGCCAGCCUGAGUUUUCUGCCCUACCUGGGCUUUUUAACCCAGUCAGCGAGUUUCUUAAAAGCGUUGGGGCUGGGGUCACUCACGUGCUUUGUUAACGAAAGAACCUCCCAAAUAGGACCAAAGCUCCCAGCUGAAGGGAGCGAGGUAGAGGCGGAGAGCUCUGUAAUUAUUUUCUUAGAGGACCAGCGAGGUUUGUUGCACGCAACAGUCUGCUGGGGAGGCGGGGACCGAGCUACAACACGGUUCGGAGUUGGCGGGUUUUUUUUUUUCCUAAAAUAAACUGUAGGGAAAAAAACCUAACAGUCUUUAAAAAAAAGAUUCAUCAAACUAAUUCUCCCUUUUUGUAUGCCGGAUGCUGCAUGAGUCUGAAACACCAAUAAACGGAGACUGCAUGA